GAAUGCUUGCUUGUUGACUUUGAGUCAUUCGCACACGCCACUUUGUUUAUUAAUAGAAAGAUAUUACCACCGCCAGCCGACCUCACAGCCGACAGCUCCACCACUCACGACGGAGGAACCCAUGAUAACGACGGAGAAUACACUACUCUUCUCCUUUACCUUUUGACGUCUUCCAUUCCCAUAGUCUCACCAUCACUACCUAUCCAUUCAAUCCCCCUUCCCUCACACAAUGACACCAGACGCCGGCGCUACCAACACCUACAGCACCACCGCCGAAAUCCGCCACGCAAUCCGUCCAUGGUUCGACGACUUCCUCACCUCCUUCACCCUCCCUCUCUCCUUCCCCGAACUCUCCCUCCGGUUCCAGAAAAACCUCUACACCUUCCGCGGCAACUACGCCAUCAUCUCCCUACUCAUCUUCAUCUUAACCCUAAUUCUCCGCCCAAUCGCCGCAAUCGUGUUCUUGUUCAUCAUCGUCGGUUGGAUCUUCCUCUUCUUCGCCAGAGACGAACCGUUAAUCGUUUUCGAUUUCGAAUUCGGCGAUCGUUUGGUUCUGAUUUCGUUGAUCGUGAUUACGAUCGUGGCGGUUGCUGUUGCCGGAGUUUGGUGGAACAUAUUUCUCUCGAUUGUGAUCGCGGGUCUUCUGGUGAGCUUACACGCGAUAUUGAGGACUCCUGAUGAUACUGAAUCGCCGUAUGGAGCUUUGCUUUCAGGUGUUGAUGAAGAUGGAGAUUCACAAGGAGCUUACAUGCAGGUUUGAUUGAAUUGUUGAAGAACAAAUUGGAUUUUACUAACAAUACUUUGAUCAUUGCUCUUACGAUUUUUAUAUACAUGUAGAUUGUUUGAUGAUCAUGUCAUGUUGUUUCAAUGGCUAUUUUUGUUACAUAUGAUCUCAUAUUUGUUGUUUGUGGAUUGUGAAUUUUGAUCCAA